AUGAACUUGAUCAAGACAGUUGGGCCUAUCCACCACAUUCAGGGCAUUCUCAUUCCUAUCGAGGCGGCUCAUAUGCCACCACCUCAUUUCACCCCGACCAGAGCCGGGCCCUUUUCACCAUCCUCUGGAGCUGGUCUUUCCUCUUUCACUAAUGCUCAACUCACUGCCUUGGAGGGCCAUUACUCCCGAUUGGAGGCUCGGUUUGGCAGAGAAAGAGGGAGGCCUGGCGCCAUUCUCACGUCAUGGUGCACCAGCUGUUGUCCCGUCACAGACUAUACACCCACUACAAGGUUCCCUACUCUUCCACGCACUUCUACGAUUGUAGAAUGUUCUGCAUCCUUCUUGACUUUGAAACAUCAACCUCAAUUUGGACAAUCUCCAUGGUUAAACUCCUAA